UCAUGCUGUGUGCGGCGCUGGGUGGCCUUGCGGGCGCGGCAGCCGGCAGCCAGGGUGGUCUGCUGCGGCGCGGUGCCGGCAGCGGCCGCGGCAAGGGGGGCGUAGGCAUGGACCAUCCCCAUCAGGACGCGCACGGACGUCACGCGCCCCUGGAGCGGCAGCCGGCACACCGCUGGUCGGCCGCCGCCGCGCCGCCGCCCGCCGGCCCCGUGGAGGCAGUGGAGGGCGCAGAGGUCGAGGCGUCGGCGGCAGUCGCUGAGCCCAAGGCCGGCGGCGCGGGCGGGGUGCUGCAGGCACAAGGGCAGGCUGCAGGGCAGACUGCUGGCAGCAGCACUACUGGCAGCAGUAGCAGCGGUCAUGGCGGGGUGGUGGGUCAGGUCGCCUCCGCGCUGGCGGCACUGGCAGGCGGCGGUGCGGCUGCUGCGGCGGCGGUGGAGGGUCUGUGUGCGGCCGGCGACUCCCGUGCGGCCCUCACUCAGCUGGCUCCGGGCUGGGCGGUGGCGCCGGGUGUGGAGAAGACCGCCGCUCUGAACCAGCUGCUGCAGCUGCUGUGGCCGCAACUGGCGGCGGCGGGGGAGCGGGAGCUGCGGGCGGCGCUGACACAGGCACUGGCGGCGGCGUCUGGGGCGGCGCCGGAGGCACCAGAGGCAGGCGGCACUCAGCCGGAGCUGCUGCAACUGCGGGUGACGCGCCUGGGGCUGGGCCCGGCAGCGCCGCCCCGCAUUGGCGGUGUGCGGGCGGUGCCGGGGGGCGGCGACGGUACCAGCGUUGUGCCUGAGGCCGGCAGCGGCAGUAGCUGGUCUGGCGGCAGCGGCAGCAGCAGUGAGGAGGUGCUGGUGGUAGAACUGGAUGUGGCGUGGGCGUCAGAGGCCGAGGUGGAGGUGGAGGCUGCGCUGCACCCGGCCGCCGCCCUGCCACCCGCCCUGCGCCGCCGCCUGCCCGCCGCCGCCCUGGCCCUGCUGGGCCCUACUGCCCUGCCGCCUCUGCGCCUGCGCCUGCGCCGCCUGGCCCUGCGCGGCUGUGUGCGGCUGUCCCUGGGUCCGCUGCUGCCCGCCCCGCCCUAUCUGGCGGCGGUGGCGCUGGCGCUGACGCAGCCGCCACUGCUGGAUGCAGCAGCGGACCUGGGGCUGGGGCUAGGGAGUGGCGCUGAGGGGGAUGUAGAUGGGGGAGGUGGGGAGUGGCUGCCGCGGCUGCAACUGAUGGCACUGCCGGGGGUGCGCUGGGCCAUCCACGCAGCAGCACAGGCCUUCCUGCAGCGCACGCUGCUGUACCCGCGCCACCUGCUGCUGCAGCUCAGCCCCGCAGUAAAGGAGGAGGAGGCUGGGGAGGAGGGGGCUGUGGGAGUAGCAGCCGCCGUGCUGGCAGGGCUGCGGCGGCCUGUGGGGGUGCUGCGACUGCGACUGCUGCGUGCAGAGGGGCUGCAGGCGGCGGGGGUCCGCAGGGCGGCUGCAGCUGCGGGGGUUGAGGGCGGCGGCGGCGGCUCCUCGGCUGCAUUCGUGUAUGUGUCGGCUCAGGUGCGGCAGGGCGCAGUGCAGCGCUCACCGCCGCAGCCAGUCCUGCCCGCAGCCGCCGCGGCGACCGGCGCCAUCCCUGGCGACGACGGCGGCAAGGCAGUACUGGCCAGCUGGCAGCAGCUACAGCAGUCGGCUGGACCGGCUGCAUCGGCCUCCUCCGCCUCCUCCUCCUCGGUCUCCGCCGCCACCGCCGCCUGCCCCCACCACGAGUUCAUCCUGCCUCUCAGUGCGCCGCGGCACCAGCGGCUGCAGCUGAGGCUGCUGAGGGACCGGCCCGGCUGGAACGACCCCUGCCUGGCCGCCGCCUCAGUGCCCCUGGCCGCCCUGCUGCCCGCACUGCAGCAGGUGGCGGGCGGGGCGCCCGGACCAGCCGGUGGCCCCGACAGCAGCGGCAGCGGCAGCGGCUGGGUGCCAGUGGUGGCUCACAUGCGCCGGAGUCGCGGCGGGGAGGGCGACGAAAGCAGUGGCGGUGGUGGUGGGGGUGCGGGUGUGGGCGGGGCGGCUGUGGCGGUGGCGACAGCGCCUCUGACCGGGCUCAAAGCUCUGGGCCGAGCUCUGCGCCACCCCGCAGCGGCCACUGCGGGCGGCGUAUCCCGCCUGACCCGCCACAUCGGGCGCUCACUGGCGCGUGUGACUGGUGCUGGCGGCGGCGGCGAGCAGGCAGCCGAGGCUGAGGAGGGCUCGGAGGAGGGCUCGGAGGACAUCGAGGAAGACGAGCAUGUGGAGCUGGAGGUGGCGGGGGUGGCACCGCAGGCUGGCACCGGCAGCAGCAGCAGUACGACGCCGUCCGCCCGCAUCCUCCCGGGCUCAGAUGUGGGCGGCGGGGCUCACCUGGGCGGUGUGGGUCUGCAGUCCCUGGCCGCAGUGCACAUCGGCGACCAGCCCCACUCGCCCCGGCCCCGGUCUGACCACGUGCGGGUGUACCUGCAGGCGCAGUACCUACCCCUGCCGCCGCCACCACGACCCGGUGCAGCCAGCAGCGGAACCAGCAGCGACACCACCAGCACUGAGGUAGCAGCGCCGGCUCCAGCGCCUCUCAACGAUACUGCUGCAGCCAACUGGCAACAACAGCAGCAGCUGGACAUGGGGAUGGGUCCAAGGCUGGCAACUGAGCAGCUGGCGACUGGGCCGAUGGUGGAGGCCAGUGCGGUCAUCGCCGGCGCGCCAGGUGCAGGCGGGGCAGGCGGGGCAGCAGGUGCAAGUGGGGGUGGAGGGGCAGCAGGGGACGGGGUCAGGCCGCCAGCGCCGCUGCCGGGGCCGGCCCAAUUGGCUGCGGGUCCCGCCCUGGGCGCUGUGGUGGGGCGGGAGGGCGAGGCGCACCCGCAGCCGCUGUCCACCUCCCCGCCCGCCAAGGUUCAGCAGCAGGGGCACAGGGCGGGUGGGGGGCCUGCUGCCGGUAGGGCCGAGGUGGUGCCGCCAGUGGGUGUGCAGGUGCAGCUGGGGGCAGUGUGGCCGGUGGCUGGACCCAGCCGCCUGGUGCGGCCGCCCGAGUCAGUGUCGCCGCAGGAGCAGGCGGUGCUUACGGUGCGUGUGCUGCGGCUGCGGCAGCUGACCGCCGCCUCCAACGCCGCCGCCGCCGCCGCCUCAGAUCCCUGGGUGGAGCUGCUUCUGCUGGAUCCGGUCACAGGGGGGGUGGCGGCGGCACAGCGCACAUCCACCCGCUACAACGCCGCAGAGGCGUCCUGGGAGGACGAGCCUGCACUGGAGCUGGUCCCCGCCGCUGCGGGCGGCUGGCUGGUGGCUCGGCUGUGGGACGCCACCACGGGGUGGGAGGCGGUGGGGCGGCUGGCGAGGCUGGACAUGCAGGGCGGCCUGCAGCGGCCCGACACGCUGCUGGGCGGUGUGCGGCUGCCGCUGCUGGGCGCCGCCACCGCCGGCCGCCUGCGCCGCACCUGGCUGCUGCAGCCCGCGGGCAGCCGCACCUCUGCGGGGGCGGCGGAGCUGGAGAUGGAGCUGAGCUGGUGCCCCCUGCCGCCGCUGCCGCCCUAGAGGCCGCGCUCAGCCCCAAGCUCUCGCACACGGGUGCCUGCAUACACGGGCCGCCGCGCCAUCGGCCCCCCAUCACCCCAUGCGGGCGAGGACAUUCCCGAUGUCGAAGGAUGCCUACUGCUUUUGCUGCUGUGGCGAGGUUGGAGAGGGGUCCAUCGAACGGCACACGGUGGGAGAAGGCGUGUAAUUGUCUGGCCAA